CUGGCGUCGAUUAAAAAAAAACACUUCCGUUCAUCUUCCGUCUAAGAAUCCUUACCUGGGCUUCAUGGCUUGACGCUAAGAUAUAUAAGAAGGCAAUAAACAAGAUCUCAAGAUGAAUUAUGUACCAGGGACGGCCAGUCUCAUCGACGAGAUCGACAAAAAACAUUUGGUUCUCCUCCGGGAUGGUAGAACACUAAUCGGGUACCUCAGAAGCAUUGACCAAUUCGCCAAUUUAGUUUUCCAUCAAACUGUUGAGCGUAUCCACGUGGGCAAGAAAUUUGGUGACAUCCCCAGAGGAAUCUUCAUCGUGCGGGGAGAAAAUGUGGUGCUGCUUGGCGAAAUAGAUGUGGAUAAACCGUGCGAGACGGUCCUGCAGCAGGUCUCCAUUGAGGAGAUUCUGGAGGAGCAGCGUUUGAAGCAGCAAGUCAAGCAGGAGACGGAGAAAGUAAAGAUGCAGGUCCUGAAAGACCGAGGCCUCGCCAUCCCCAAAGCUGAUAACUUGGAUGAAUAUUAACGCGGCGUGCGGAACCCGACGCGCUUCAGUUUGUAUCAGACUGAUAUCUUAGUUGAAUUUGAAAGCAGGAUUUUUUUUUUUUUUUUUUUUUUUUAUUAUGAGCACAGGGCAAAAUUGUACUUUGCCUCUUUACUGUAGUGUACUGUGUAAAUUUCAAUUUGAAUGAAUGUCUGUUUUUCAGUUUAACAGUGACGAAACAGUUUAUGGAUCGCUAUGAUAGCAAUUACUUUGAAGCAGCGCUUUGUGUUCCGUGUUUGGCGACAUAAAGGCCUGCUAGCGACACAAAUGUAAUGGCUGUGCUCCAUUAUUUAUAUAUAUCUAUAUUAAAUCUUGGUUUCCUUCCUGUGUAAAUAUAAAUAUCAAUGCCUUUUGCAGGAAACACUGGCCAUGAGUGUUUUGUUACUGCUACAGAGCAUUUCUCGAUAAAUCAUGUCGUGUUUAUGCAGCUUUUUUGCAUUGUGGGAUUUUGUGCAUCCGUCCGUACAUUUCUGCUUAUCCUCACAAGGGUUGCUGGAGCCUAUCCCAGCUGUCAACAGGCAGGAGGUGGGGUACACCCUGAAUUGGUUGUCACCUGAGCCACCUUGCCGCCCGGAUUUUUGUACACUUUGAGUUAAAUGUCAA